GAAACCUUUCCCCCUCCUCCUCUGGAAACUGCAAGGAGAUCCACCCUCGGUGAGCGUUCUCGGUUUGAUCAUGUCGGGCAGAAAGCCCCGGUCUGUGGCGAACCCCCUGGAGUCUGCGAUCACCACUCCGAGUGAGAGGAUCCUGAAGGAAUGCCACAGCCUGUAUGUGGACAGCGAGAACGGUCUGGUGAAAAUUGCCAGCAGCCUCGGUGUCCGGCUCCUGCCUCCAAGGAAGAAAAUCAUCGUGAUGAUCAUGGGGAACCACUCAGCAGGGAAGAGCUCAUUCAUUAACUGGUACGUUGAAGAACACAUCCAGAAAACCGGCGUUGCCAUUGAAACUCAGGGCUUCACCUUCAUCACAAGCGGUCGCAAGAGAGAGUCCCUGACGGGUAACGCUACUUUACAUCUCUACCCUCACUUCCGACCUCUGCUUGAGUUCAAAGGCGUGCUGGACUACCUGUCUGCUGAGAUUUCCACCUCAAAGCAGAAGAAGUUCAGCCUGGUGACAUUUGUGGACACUCCUGGUUUGGUGGAUGGGGACAUGAUUUAUCCAUUUGAUGUCAACAGUGCCAUCAGCUGGUUGGGAGAACAGGCGGACCUGGUAUUCGUCUUCUUUGACCCGAUGGGUCAGGCGCUGUGCAAACGGACGCUCAACAUUGUGGAGAAGCUGAGCGAGAAGUGUGGGGACAAGCUGCUGUUUUAUCUCAGCAAAGCAGAUGAAGCUGGAAAAGAGACGGACAGGCAGAGAGUAAUGAUGCAGAUUGUUCAGGAGCUGUGCCGGCGUCCAGGCCUCAACAAAUGUGGCUUUGAGAUGCCAACUAUAUACAUCCCCAACCCACAAAAGCCGAGCAGGUGUGUGAACCAGAUUGACAGUGUUUGUCAAACGAUUGAGAAGACUAUCAACCAGGCUGUCCAGAAGACUUUGGAUCAACUUGAGAAGGACUCUGACCUCAUUUGUUCAACCAUCACCAACAAGCUAGAGCAGGACAGGGCCAAUGUUGUUUCUAACAGAAGCGUUCGUCUUCACUCGCUUCUUUAUGGGGCUUUAGGUAUUUUCCUGCCCUUCCUCUUUAUUCUUAGUUUCAUUGUAAGCAGCUUCUCCAAGGAGCAGCUGCAGGAGCUGCUGGGCGAAGGUCCGACUCAGACCAUUAUGGUCUUCGCCGGGGUAGUGAUGUAUUUAUGGGAGUGGAUACCGGAGGACAAACAAGUAGUUUUUGUGAUCUCUUUUGGGGCCUUUUGCUACUUCCUGCUAUUCCUAGCUAAAUAUUUUACAGGCCGAAGAAGCAAGACUCUGACAAAGAAGGAGAAGAGGAAGAUGAUGGAGUACAGUGAUUAUAUCCAUGAUAUUGUCAAAACUAAAAAGGCUAAGCUUUAUGAGUGGUACCUGCAGCAGUGUGCAGCGGAACAGGACCUCUAACAUCUCAGCGGUGCUGCCUUUUUUCUUUGUUUGCAAAAAGCCACUCCUCCUUUCAUGUGGAACCUGCAAUCGAUCACAUGUCUUUUCUACCUUCUGUCUCAGCAGGCAAAGCGAAUAAGUGCCUUGUUUUUACUGUGGCACAGAACAAGCUGUGAUUUUAGCCCUUGGAAAAAAAAAAGUAUUUUACUUAUUGAGAAGAAAUAUUGCUGUAUGUUCAUGUUUUCUUAUAUAAAUGCACCCAGUGCUUAAAAGAUCAAAUGUUUACAAAAAGACAUUUCACCACGUUGGCUAACCAGCAUAUACUUAAACCAUUUUGUCCCUAACAGUGUCUAACAAUGUCCCAAAACCCUUACAGAACCACCCUGACUGACAAGUUACCUGAAUGUGUUUUUCAUGCAUAUAGCUAUACAGCUGCAAUAAUCUGCACAAUGAUUAAGCCUGGGCAUUAGAAAUAAAUGUGAAGGAGACACAAGCCUGCAAACACUGUCCAUCAUCUAGGGAAAUUAUUUUUAUAUAGUUUUAUACAUACCGUCGUGCGAGCUAUACUGCCACCGCACUGAUGUGUAGCUUCAAGCGGAGCUACAGCACUGAUCUGAUAUUAGCUCUGUUUAAUGAAUUCACUCUAGUUUUUGAUUCAUAAAUAGUUAUUAGGGACUCCAGCUGGGGUGCUUUUACUCUAAGGGGUGCUUUAACCCAGACCAGCAUACCUCAUUAAAUGUCAGCAAUUUGAAGUUACUCAUUUAAUUUUCUGCAGACUUGCUUUCACCCAAUUAUAACAGGCCAACAUGGAGCUAAUGGGUACAGAUGAUCAAAUGUAAAAUUAUUUUUUUAAAUAAACGAUAAAAAUAAUUUAUAUCUAAAUUAAGAUAUAUAUUUUUUAGAUAAUUUCUGAAUUAAAUCAGUCAUUCUGUUAAUUCUGUCAUGUCAGAUAAUUUGCAGUUAAGUUUUGCAGGAAUUCAAGUGUGCUAAAGUUUCAGAUUUAUGGAGCCAAAGCUGGAUGUUUUUCUAAAGUUCCUCAAUUUAUGAAAUUUAAAGUACGGUAAGAGGAAAAAAUCAGUUUGAUCCUACUUUAUACAGACUCGGAGACGUGAACACGUCAGGUCAUGAUUUAACAAUUCUGCUUAUAAGCAUCUUCAUUAUAGAAACUUUAGUCUAAUAGCAUUUUUGUGAACUGCAGAAAGAUAGAUCAAUGUUUUACAAAAUCCUUAUUAAACUAUCCUGUCCCAUGCAAACGGCCAAAUGAAAUAAAUUACAAUAUCAUUAAAAAUGUCAUUUAUUUUACAGACCCAAAUUACUAAAUGAAACAGAUAACAUUAAUUACAAACAGUUUGUUAAGCCAUUUAUUUUUGUAAAUUAUGGUGAAUUUUCCAUUUGUUGCCAAUGAGAACGUGAUAUUUCAUUAGAAUAUUCAGAACGAUCAAAAAUCAUGUUUAUUAUAGAAAUUAAAGGUUUAUUAUGUUUAAUGCCUUUAGAUAUACAAGUGGAGAAGCAGAACAAAUAUUUUUCUCUUGCCAUUACUCAUUAAAGUUAUUUAUUCUAGUACUGUAAAUUGUUUACAAAGCAUUUUCUUGAUUAUGUUUUAUAAAAAGAGGUUAAAAUAAUACAGGUGAUUGUGUUAAGAGCUUUGGAUCGGUGCAUCUUUACUCCAAAAAUAAUACAAAACUUCCUCUUUGGGCUGUUUGCAAGAUAAUUGUAAACAUGUUUUAGUUUGUUUGGUGUGUUAGAAUCCUCUCAGGUUUUAUAAUGGGAUCUUUUUAACCUCUCAUUUAUCAGUUUAGUCAAACUUAUUUCAUCAUCUCUGUAGCAUGUUUGAAAUAUUUCUUAUUGUGCAAAACCUGGAAUUAACUGACUGUUUUUUCUAAACUGUUUGUUAAUAACAAUGAGUGUGUUUUGUCCAAUAAAUCUAAAGCAAGUUGUUGUUCUUCCUUCAAAAUAAAAU